AUGUUAAAUUCUUAUCUCUGCUUUAUCAGUUUAAUUAAUCUACCAUAUUGCUUAGCUCAAACUGAUUGGGAUAUACGAGCAAAUAUCAUCAUUCCAUCACAACCAUCAUCAGGAGGACAGGAAAUUGUCUCAAAACACAAUGCAGAAAAUGAGUUGAAAGCAUGGAGAAAAGAUAAAAGCGAGAUAAAUGACUCAAGACCUAGCCGUGAAACAACUGAAAAACAAGAUGCGAGUACAGAUUGCCUAGAGGCGAUAAAUAAUUGUGAAUCACUUAGUGGAAUAUGUAAAGUCGAUGUGGAAAUAUUUAAGACAUUCUGCGGAGACUGGACUGAUGAACGGAAUCUAUUAGGAUGUCAACGUAAAUACCUAAGAGAAUGUCAGUCUGCCUUGAAGACAAUGAAUCUUGGACGUCCUGGAUUAAAACAAUGUACAUGUGAUAGUCGUCCUAGUCGUUCAAUCGAUGACUUGACUAGAUGUAAUCUACUCAGAAGAAAUCUGAAUAAACAUCCUUGUCUGGCAGAACCACCGAUUUUUCUUCGUGAACCACAAACAUCUGUGAAUUUCCGAUAUGAUCGCAAGAACGAAGUGAGAACAGAACACAGCGCCAAUACAUCAAAGACAAUGCUGAAUUCCAACAAAGUAUGGAUAAAUUUAACUUCACAGCCAAAUAAAACUGAAAAUCUGUUCAAAGAAGAAAUUACUACAUCAUCGCCUGACACUUCAACCAACUUAUCUUCAACAGGAUUCACUGAAACCAGUUUAAACAAAAACUAUAUCGACGAAAAUCCAGAGAAUCCAAGUUGUUUGUAUCUACUUGAAAGAUGUACUAAACAGCCAGCAUGUACAAGAGCAUUGAAUAAAUUUCGUGCAUUAUGCACCAUGAGAACAUGUGAUAAAUUAAGAUUACAGUGUUUGGAAGCGUCUAGAAAAUUUUUUCAGUUCAAAACUCAUGCUGAUUGUAGCUGCCAAAGUGAAAUAAAUGAAGACAGGUAUCGACGGUGUUUGGACUAUAAACAGACAGUAAUUGAUAAUCAGUGCGUCGAAAUUUCAUCAGGCGAGAACUUAAACCCAACGAAUUUUAAUGAUUUGGAAUACUUGUCUGUUAGUCAAAAUCAAGAAAGAAUCCCAACGAAUGCACCUGUUUUGCCUGUUCAUCAGUUUACUAACCCCAUAAAAAGUGAUAUCAAUUCAACUUAUUUAACGAAUGAAAAGUUGAAAGCUGUUACUCCCCCUACGGACUUGACAAAUAAUAACGUUCAUAAGAAAGUACAAAGUUUGAUUAUUAGCCCGUCAACGAUUGUUAAUGAGAUGUGGAACAAUAGCAGGAGUUGUUAUUCAGUACUUGAUGAAUGUCUUCAUAACCCUAUCUGUGUUCAACACUUCAUCAAUCUUCGAUAUGCAUGUAUAGAAAUGAAUAAAGAGUUCAGCGCUUGCAGAAAUCCUACACAGUGUAUAAAUGCAAUCAAAAGUUUUUAUAGUGAAUCUGAUAACUUUGUAAAUACCGCCAUAUCAUGUACCUGUGAAAAAACUGAUUCAGAUUGUCAAAAAAUUCGUGAAAUAUUUGUCCCUACAUGUAUUCGUCAGUCGUCUGAAUUUCGUACUGACUGCUAUCAAGCUUGGAUACAAUGCCAGAAUAAUGCAGUUUGCAGAACCAGUUAUGAUUUUUUGGUCUCCGAGUGUCAAAAUCAUCAUGGACAUUGUUCCUUGAAUCCAGUUACAUGUAUAAAUUCCUACAGGAGAUUAUGGACUGGAUCCUGGGCUGGUGGAUGCAAGUGUGAAUUAGGUGAAAAGAAGGGUAGAUUUUCAGAUAAUAUAUUAUCAGGUUGCAGUGAAUUCUCACAAAUUCUAACAAGACCUCCAUGUACUGAUCAUAAUGUGGGAUUGGUUCAAGAAGUAACAAAUCCUUUGGCAAAAGAAGAACCAUUGUCUUGUAUUGUAAUGGACAGACUAAAAACCAAUGCAGGUGAUCUCCUCAAACUUCCAAUGUUGAAUGCGCAUCCAGAGAACAAACAUCUGAAUAGAGAUUGUUCUUUACUGUGUAGUUGUCGUUUUGGUUGUCGAUAUGAAAUGUGUUAUGCAAAAGAGACUAACAAAUGGCAUGCAUAUUAUUUAUCCAAUCACACUGGCAAUAACAUAACACUACCAACACGCAUAGAAACUAUUAAUAUUUACAGACCAAAUUUAUCACUGGCUUGUAUUUAUCUUCCAAAAUUGAAUCACCACUGUCAGUGUCAUUCAAAUAAUCAGGUUGUAUGUAAUGUGUUCAACCAACCAAACCACUAUGCAAUCACAGGUCACAAAUUGCAGAUAGACUUCGACGUUGAAAUGUAUUCUACAAUUAUCGAUUUGAUGGCUGACGAAAAGUCUUUAUCAGAGUUUGAAUUUUACGGGAGUAUAGUUCAACUAGAAUUGCUUUUAACCAACUUCAUUACAUAUUUUACAGGACAGACAACUUGUCGUCUAAUAUUGUCUGCAUAUCAAACAGUAAAUGGUAGGAACCUUUGGCUAAAAUAUAGAUCUGGUGAUGAGAGAUCCUCAGAAUUUAUAACGCGAUUGGAAUAUUCUUUAGUGAUUAAUUCAGAUCACUAUAUUGAUAAAAGAAAUUAUACAUCGUUCUGCAUCAACAUUCUAGAGAUUGUAAAUAUAAUGAUCAACGACGAAUAUCCGCAUAUUAAAUACAAUCCAAAAUUUUCUACAUUUUUAAAAAGUGUUCUAAAGGCGCCAAUAUUCAAUGAAUACAAUAAUCUAAAUAAAAAUGAUGACUCUCUGAGUAAAUCACAAAAAUCACAGCGUCAUCAACAGCAGCAGCAACAACACCAACAAACGCAAGGAUGGCGACAUACACGGACAUCUAUUCAACUACAAAGGAAUAAUAAUAAUAAGAAAGUGAAGAAAUUAACUUUGGCAGAUAAUUCAGAAAGUGUCUAUUAA